AUGAAAAAAGACCAGCCGAAAAAGUGGGAGCCGCCACUGCCUACGCGUGUGGGCAAGAGGAAGAAGCACUCCGAGGCGGCGGUGAAGCUGCCUGCUGUGUACCCCACUACGCGCUGUCGCCUCAAGCUGCUGAAGCUGGAGCGCAUCAAGGAUCACCUCCUGCUUGAGGAGGAGUUUGUGAUGAACCAAGACCGCCUGAAGCCCAAGGACGACCGCGAUGCAGAGGAGCGUACGCGUGUCGAUGAUCUGCGCGGCAGCCCCAUGGCUGUCGGUACACUCGAGGAGAUCAUUGACGACGAGCACGCAAUUGUGAGCAGCUCGACGGGUCCGGAGUACUAUGUGAGCAUCAUGAGCUUCGUCGACAAGGACCUGCUGGAGCCGGGCUGCAGUGUGCUGCUGCACCACAAGGCGAUGGCGGUUGUCGGUGUGCUCUCCGAGGACACCGACCCGAUGGUCAGCGUCAUGAAGCUCGACAAGGCGCCGAUGGAGACCUACGCGGACGUCGGUGGUCUCGAGCAGCAGAUCCAGGAGAUCAAGGAGUCGGUCGAGCUGCCGCUUACCCACCCCGAGCUGUACGAAGAGAUGGGUAUCCGCCCCCCGAAGGGUGUCAUCCUCUACGGUGUGCCGGGUACCGGUAAGACGCUCUUGGCCAAGGCUGUUGCGAACCAGACCUCGGCGACGUUCUUGCGCGUGGUCGGCUCGGAGCUCAUCCAAAAGUACCUUGGUGAUGGCCCCAAGCUCGUGCGUGAGCUGUUCCGCGUCGCCGACGAGCACGCGCCGAGUAUCGUGUUCAUCGACGAGGUCGACGCUGUCGGUUCGAAGCGCUACGACUCCUCGUCGGGCGGUGAGCGUGAGAUCCAGCGUACUCUGCUCGAGUUGCUGAACCAGCUCGACGGUUUCGACUCGCGCCACGACGUCAAGGUCAUCAUGGCCACCAACAAGAUCGAGAGCCUGGACCCUGCGCUGAUCCGUCCGGGCCGUAUCGACCGGAAGAUCGAGUUCCCGCUGCCGGACCAGAAGACCAAGAUCCGCAUGAACCUCGAUCCGGACGUGAACCUCGAAGAGUUUGUCGCGAUGAAGGACGACUUGAGCGGCGCCGAUAUCAAGAGCUUGACCACCGAAGCUGGCUUGCUCGCGCUGCGUGAGCGCCGCAUGCGCGUCACGAAAAAGGACUUUAGCACCGCACGCGAGCGUGUCAUCGAUCGGAAGAACGAGGGCACGCCAGAGGGCCUGUAUCUCUAG